ACGGGUCGCUGUCAGGAGCUUAGUGAAUUCAAGCGUGGUACGGUGAUAGAUUGCCACCUGUGCAAUAAGUCCAUCCAUGAAAUUUCCUUGCAAGUGCAAUGCAAAGUGUCAAAUGCAAUGGUGUAAAGCAUGCCAUCACUGGACUCUAGAGCAAUGGAGAUGUGUUCUCAGGAGUGACGAUCAUGCUUCUCUGGCAAUCCGAUGGACUUGUCUGGUGAAGGGAGCUCUUAAGGUGUCAGCAUACCAAGACAUUUUGGACAAUUUCAUGCUCCCAACUUUGUGGGAACAGUUUGAAGGUGGCCCCUUC